UCUGUCCCUGGCCGCGCACCUGCCGGAGAUCUCUGGACCAUCUGUGGCAGCAGGAAGGUUUGGGGGCACAGCAUGGGUGUUCUGGAGAAGGGUCAUUGCAAAACUUGACAAAGGAUAAGCGCCCAGCCCCCUCCACGGGGGAGGAAGAGGAAGAGGAAGAUGUGUGCCCAGACAGACAUCCGGUGGCAGAAGGUACUAUAUGAGCGCCAGCCCUUUCCUGACAACUAUGUGGACCCGCGUUUCCUGGAGGAGCUGCAGAAGAACAUCCAUGUGCGCAAGUACCAGUACUGGGCAGUGGUCUUUGAGUCCAGUGUGGUGGUCCAGCAGCUGUGCAGUGUGUGUGUCUUCAUGGUCAUCUGGUGGUACCUGGACGAGGGGCUUCUGGCCCCUCACUGGCUCUUCGGUGCUGGCCUGGCCUCCUCUCUGGUGGGCUAUGCCCUGUUUGACAUCAUUGAUGGUGGCGAAGGGCGCAGGAAGAGCAGGCGUACUCGCUGGGCCGAUCUUAAGAGUGCCCUGGUCUUUAUCACCUUCACCUAUGGCUUCUCGCCAGUGCUUAAGACCCUAACUGAGUCGGUAAGCACUGACACCAUAUAUGCCAUGUCGGUAUUCAUGCUGCUGGGCCACCUCAUCUUCUUUGAUUACGGGGCCAAUGCUGCCAUUGUAUCCAGCACCCUGUCUCUGAACAUGGCCAUCUUUGCCUCGGUGUGCCUAGCCUCGAGACUGCCACGCUCCCUACAUGCCUUCAUCAUGGUCACAUUCGCCAUCCAGAUAUUUGCGCUGUGGCCCAUGCUGCAGAAGAAGCUCAAGGCCUGCACACCACGCUGCCACGUAGCCAUCACGUUGAUCUUUGCCUUAACAGCCUGGGCGGGCCUGUUGUCCAUCAGUGUUGUGGGUGCCAUCCUCUUUGCCCUUUUGCUGCUCACCAUCUCCUGCCUCUGCCCUUUCUACCUCAUCCACCAACAGCUCUUUAAAGAGAACAUCCACGGGCCUUGGGAUGAGGCUGAAAUCAAAGAGGACUUAUCCAGGUUCCUCAGAUGAGGGCCUCGGUUCUGUGAUUUCUGUGCCCCAGCCCACCCAGCAGCUGCCCAGAAACAGAAAAACAGAGCCCAGGAAAAGCAAACUGGGGCAGGCAGCGCUGGGCAGGGCCGGGUGCUUCUCUUUACCGGGUGAACCAAACUGCUUUGACUUGUUACUUGCUGCACUGGAACAUAUGAAGUGAGGUGUCCUCUAUUUAAAACUCCUCCAGUAUAGCCACCCACUUGUCUCAUGAUUGUUUUGUAAGCAGACAUGAACAAGGGGCAUGAAGAGAGAAAAAUAAAGAAGAAUGUCUGG